UUUUUUACUACCACCUUCACUGUGGAAGCAUUUCUCAAGUUGGUUGCACUUGGAAGUAAGGAGUACUUCGCGGACUCUUGGAAUAUCUUUGACUUUGCAAUUGUAGUCUUCAGUUUGGUGGAGAUACCCUUGACCACCAUCCGAGGUCUCUCCAUCCUGCGGGCAUUUCGAUUGUUGAGAGUGUUUAAGUUGGCUAAAUCAUGGCAAACAAUGAAGUUACUCUUUUCUAUCGUUGCCAUGACUCUAAAUGCCCUAGGCAACCUCACAGCUGUUCUUAUGAUCUCCAUAUUCGUCUUUGCGGUUCUUGGAAUGUCGCUAUUUGGUGAGAGCUAUCACCAAUUCAAAAAUGUUACGCGUUUUCCUGAACGCUGUGGCAAAAUUCCACGAUGGAAUUUCUGCGAUUUCACACACUCCUUUAUGAUUGUCUUUCGGGUUUUGUGUGGCGAGUGGAUUGAGUCUAUGUGGGACUGCCUCGAGGUGAACGGAUGGAGCUGCACUAUCUUCUUCUUGAUGACAAUGGUUCUCGGAAAUUUAGUGGUUCUAAGCCUCUUCCUGGCCCUCCUAUUAAGUUCGUUUAGUGCUGAAAGCUUUCAGAAGGAAGAGGAGCCAGGUGAUCACAAUAAAUUACAAGAAGCACUGGAUCGCAUCUACCGUUUUGCUGUCUGGACAAAAUUAAACAUACAGAAAGCCUUCACUCCCCGCGGACGCCGAGGUUGCUGUAGAAGUGGGUCCAAAAGUUUAAACCACAUUAUGCAUGGCACUCAGCUAAUCCACUUGCAGACGGCGCCAUCGAAAGCGGUGGACGUGGUUCUUCAGAACCCUAUCACCAUCGAGGAUUCCCUGACAGCACCGGAGCUUAAGUUCAAAUCGCGAAGUUGUGGACACUCGCCAGAAAAUAUAUUACUCCUACGAACAGAUUCUCUCAGUUCACCAGAGGAAAAAGCUUCAAGCAUUCCAAUGAACAUUCAGGAGGUCGAUGCCACUGACGGUGGUAGUGAAGGCAGCAACGACCUUGAGGAGAUGUUAGAGGCCGAAUCUGUUGACAUGGCCGUGUGGGAACAUCCGGAGGACUGUUGUGCUCCAUGGAUUUGGAAUCAAAUCAGUCCUCUGUUCAAGGACCUCUUGGACUCAAAAAUGGGGUCCGGAUGGCGACAUCUGCGACAAGUGUGCUACCACAUUGUGGAAAAUCGCUAUUUUGAAAGCUUUAUCUUCAUAAUGAUAAUUAUUAGCAGCGGAACUCUGGCUCUCGAAGACAAGCAUCUUCCCUCCAGACCGCGACUGAAGAUGGCACUAGAUUACAUGGAUAAGUUGUUCACCUUCAUCUUUCUCAUGGAGAUCAUUCUCAAGUGGUUUGCCUACGGUGUACGCAAAUUCUUCAGCGAUGCCUGGUGUUGGCUUGACUUCACCAUAGUCACAGCAAAUUGCCGUCACAAGCAUGAUACUGAGCUAUGGGAAGGAGGAUGGAAAGUCGAGUAUGAAUUCAUUCAAGGCGAUGCGAACGCUGCGGGCUCUCCGGCCGUUGAGAGCGCUUUCACGAUGGGAGGGGAUGCGAUUCUGGCAACUGGUCUCAUUAAUGUCGAUCGGGAGGCUACUAGCGUGGGCAUAGAACGUGGGAAGUUUAGAAAGUGUGUCAGUGAGGCGACCGGUGAACGACUGCCUGCAGACCAAUAUCCGAAUCGUACAGUGUGUGAACUGCACAAGAGGCUCUUCAAAAACGUCAGCUGGGAUAACUCAAAAAUCAACUUUGAUAAUGUGCCCAACGGGUUUCUUGCUCUCUUGCAAGUGGCCACUUUCAAGGGGUGGAUUGAAAUAAUGUCUGACGCAGUUGAUAUAACUGAUUACGACCAACAGCCGGUGUAUAAUAAUGCCACUUCAUACUACCUCUUUUUCGUCCUCUUCAUCAUUGUGGGAUCGUUUUUCACCCUAAACCUCUUCAUUGGUGUCAUUAUUCAGAACUUCAAUAUGCAAAAAAAGAAGGUGGGAGGAUCCCUCGAAUUGUUUAUGACGGAGGACCAGAAAAAGUAUUACCACGCUAUGAAAAAGAUGGUCAGACGAACUCCUCAGAAGCCCAUUCCAAAGCCAAAGUUCUGGAUCUCGAGGUGGAUCUUCAAGGUGAUUUCUAACCGCAACUUCGAUCUCUUCAUUUUGGGGAUGAUUGGACUGAACACCCUCAUCAUGUGCUUUGAGCAUCACCACCAGCCGGAGACGAUGAAACAGACAAUGGAGAUUGUUAACAAAAUGUUCAUCAUCAUAUUUACCUGUGAAUUUGUUCUCAAACUCAUUGGUCAACGCUGGUACUACUUUAAGGACCCGUGGAAUAUUUUUGACUGUUGCAUUGUUAUAUUUUCCCUCGUUUGUUGGGGACUGGAGGACCUAAUGACAACUCUGCCUGUUCCACCGACAACAAUACGAAUCGUGCGUCUCUUUCGGGUGGGUCGAGUGCUGCGCUUGGUUAAAUCGGCGCGUGGAAUUCGCACCCUCCUCUUUGCACUAAUCGUGUCACUGCCGGCACUGUUCAAUGUGGCUCUUCUCCUCUUCCUUACGGCUUUUGUCUAUUCAAUUGUUGGCAUGUCCUUCUUUGGAAAGGUAGCCUACUACGCAGGAAUUGAUGCGGAGUUCAACUUCGAGACCUUUCCACAGGCUUUCAUCAUACUGCUACAAAUAUCAACAUCUGCUGGCUGGAGCAGUGUAUUCGAGGGCUUGAGCAAUACAGACCCUGCGUAUUGUAGUCAGGAGGAGGGAACUUGUGGCAACUUUCUAUGGGCUACAUUAUUUCUCGUCUCGUACCUCAUCAUCUCCUUCAUGGUUAUCAUCAACAUGUACAUUGCUGUCAUCUUGGAAAACUUUAGUCAGGCUACUGAAGACGUCCAACAAGGCCUAACACAAGAUGAGUUCGAUGCAUUCUACGAAAUUUGGGAGCUCUACGAUGUCCACGCUCUCGGCUUCAUCGAACUGCAAUGCUUGGAGGAAUUUGUUGAACGCAUUGGUCCUCCGCUGGGCAUCCCUCGACCCAACCGUAUCCGCCUGGCCUGUCUAUCCAUUCCAAUUUGUUCUCAAGAUCGCGUUUUCUGUAUGGACCUUCUGGACGCUCUCACUCGCAAUUUCCUUGGCCGUCUCACUACAGAACACCCCGACACCCUAGUUGAACAAGUUGAGAUGGGCAGCUCACAGAACCAGGAAGGCACUAUAGAUAGGACCAACUUUGUUGCCAAGGCGGCGAAGGAACCAGUUGUGCCUAUAAGUAACACGUACGAGCGACAACGUGAACGCAUGGCCGCCUACAAAAUUCUCUACUUCUGGCGCAGCAGACGGAAGUUGUCCGAAGACUGUGGCCAGGUUGAGGCAACAGACCCAUGA